AUGAAUGAUGAAAGAAUACAGUGCCUUGGUUAUGUUAAUGAUAUAUCCUUAAACCCUCGUCAUUGGUUCCAAUUUGCAGACGAUGCUGCAAUUAAAUCUGCACAUAACGAAGACAAUCAACUACUGUGUAAUGCAUUUAGUAAAUGGUCCUCUUGGGCAGACUUAUAUAUCCGAGUAAAUAAGUGCCACACUUUUGGGAUCAAAAAGUUUGGGACAAAAGCAGUCCAGUAUAAACCUACUUUAAAAAUCUCUGGUCAACAGGUUCCCCCAAUCGAGGACGGUGAAAGUUUUAUGUAUUUAGGUAAACAAUUCAAUUUUGAAAUGGAUUGUACUGAAACCAAAAUUGAGAUCCUUGAUGAAAUCCAACACUACUUAAAGAAAAUUGAUCUUAUCCCAAUAAAUACGUGUGGUUCAAAGUUAUGUCUACUCAAAGUUCUUCUGGCGUUUUUCAAUCUACCCGCUUACUAUAAGCUGGAUACAUUCUAAUCUGGACUCUAUAAUUUCCAAAUAUAUCCGGAAAUGGCUCCAGAUCCCAAUCAGCGGUAACAUUAGUCAUCUAAAGCUUCCUAAAUUACAACUGGGAAUUGAUUUCUGUUCCCCCUCUGACAUAUAUAAUCAAUGUAAACUGACAGUGCGCAGAAUCUUGAGGACUUCUGUCAACUCCGAUAUUCAAAAGAUAUAUACCAAAACGGGCGGCUGCUGGUAUCUCUGAACAAUAUAUGUUAAGAAACCCUGCAAAAAUGAUUCUGGUAAAGAAAAACCUUAACGAAAUUUGGUCAAACUUUGUAGAACUAAAAGAACAAUCCGUGAUCAUUACCUGCUUAACUGAUACUUGCUAUAAGAAGAUGAUUAAAGUAUGGCACGAAAUUGUCACUUGAAUGCCCAGAAAUAUAGUAUGCUUUGCUAGGAGAGCGUUAAUUUUAAGUUUAGGAAAUAAUUCUAACCUAAAGCGCUGGAACAUUCGUGACUCCGCCAACUGUGAGCUGUGCAACAAGUUACAAACCCAGCUACACGUUUUUUCCAACUGCAAGGUAGCCCUAGAACAACAACGCUAUACUUGGCGGCAUGACUCGAUUCUGAUGACUAUUAUUCAUCACUUAAAAGUCGCAGUUGGUGCAGAUCUUCGACUGUUUGCGGACUGUCCUAAUUCAGGUACGACCUGUACUUCAACUUUAUUUCGAACGCUAAGACCUGAUAUAGUGGUGGAUUUUAAGGGUUCUGUAUAUGUGGUUGAAUUAACUGUUCUCGGCGUGUUAUGCGUUUGAAGUUAUUACACUUGAAGUAACCACUCUAGGGUUUGUGUCGAAAGAUAUUAACAUAUUUCGUAGAUUAUUACGAACACUUGAAAUGAACGACGAACGUAUUAUUUAAAAAUGUAUGGAGGUAGCUCUGAGAGCAACAUUCUACAUUUACUGCAGAAGAAAUAAGCCGUGGAAUAACCCAGACUUACUGAAUUUUUAUUAGCUACUAUUGAUAUAAAGUGUAGAGAAUGGACCUAUCUGUCUAAUAUAGUGAACUGUUUCUCUAUUUUCCUGACUUAAUUGAAAGUCUAAUUAUGUGAUAUAUUUGUAUAAAUUAUCAUGUUAUUAAUAAAGAUUUCUGUUGUUUAAAAAAACAUUAUUAUUAUUAUUAUUAUUAUUAUUAUCAUUAUUAUUAUUAUUAUUAUUAUUAUUAUUAUUAUUAUUAUUAUUAUUUGACCUUGACUCCCCAUCGUAUCAACAAGUCACGAAUAUAAUACGCAGAACGAAGGCAUCUGGCUCCCCAUGUCCCCUUGAUCAGCUAUCUAUUAUAUGUUUUAAACGCUGUCCUUUCCUAAGAACAUAUUUAACUGACCUUAUUCGUGCCGUGUGGCUAUCUGGAACCAUCCCUUCAGAAUGGAAGAAAGCUUGCACAAUACUAAUCCAUAAAAAAGGCGAUACUAAUACCCCGUCCAAUUUCCAACCCAUCACACUGGAGACCAUACCAUUAAAAGUAUUCACUUCCUGCCUACGUAACGCAAUGUAUUCAUUCCUAACCGUUAAUAACUUUAUAGAACAUAAUAUUCAAAAAGGAUUCACACCUAACAUGUCUGGCACCUUAGAACAUACUGCACAAAUGGCCAAUAUAAUCAAUAAAGCCCGAAUCAAACAACGCUCACUAGUCAUCACCCUACUUGACCUCAAGAAUGCUUUUGGUGAAGUUCAUCAUAAUCUGAUCACAUCCGUACUUGAUUACCACCAUAUUUCUGAACAUGUUAAAUUGAUAAUUGAAAGUCUAUAUACCGAUUUUAAAACUUCAAUAAUUACAUUUGAAUUCCGUACCCCCUUCAUACCAGUUCGCCGUGGAGUAUUGCAAGGUGAUUGCCUGAGUCCUCUUCUCUUCAACAUGUGUUUCAACACCUUUAUACAACACAUAAAAACAGAUAAAUAUCGUCAAUUCGGCUUCUCCUUACAGUUUCUAAAUCCCAUCCACUGGUUUCAGUUUGCUGAUGAUGCCGCCGUCAUAAGUAGUCAAGAAUCCGAAAAUCAACAUCUUCUAAACCGGUUCUCCAUUUGGUGCCAAUGGUCCAACAUGAUUAUUCGGGUUGAUAAAUGUAGUACCUUUGGCAUCAAAAAAGCUCUAACAAAAUCAAUCCAAUACCUGCCUAAACUACUUAUUAACAAGCAACUAAUUCCAAAGAUCAAUAUCGGUGAGGCUUUUCAAUACUUAGGAAGAUACUUUAGUUUUAAUAUGUCAGACGAACACCACAAAUCUGAACUAAUCUCACUCGUUGAAGAACUAAUGGCAGAUAUUGAUUCCAAACCAUUACAUCCAAAAAAUAAAAUCCUCCUCUACAGUCGAUAUCUUCUGUCAAAAUUAUCCUGGCAUUUUACAGUUUCUAGCGUAUCGAAAACGUGGGUCACCGAAAACAUUGAUUCCAAAGUCAACAGUUAUAUCCGUAAAUGGCUUGAUAUACCUAUAUCUGGAACGUAACGCUAAGCAGUGUUUUCCUAACCCGCAACAAGUUUGGCCUCAGUAUUUCUCCCCCAUCAUAUCUGUCAAAUUUAUUCAAUGUCAAACUGUUCUCCGUAAAGCCCUAAAAACAUCCCCAAACAAAGCAAUUAACGAUCUUUGGAAAGCAACUAGCAACAGCAAAAAUAUUCAGUAUGACGUUUAUAACUCCACUAAGCAAGUUCUCAAGGACUUUCGCUCUGGCCAAGAGGAUAAACUGCAUACUCAAUUAACCUGUCAGGGCUCUUUCUUCACUAAUAUAACAAAGUUCUCACUGUCCCAACUCACUAAAAUUUGGUCUGCGUGCCAAUCGAACCUUCCGAAAAAUAUAUUCAACUUUACAGUUCGAUACAUCAAUAACUCCCUUCCAACGCGCCAAAACCUUGCAAGAUGGGGUUUAUCACCAACUUCAGACUGUUCGCGAUGUCUAGCUCCUGAAACACUUCUGCACGUAGUAGCUGGUUGCCAAUCGUAUCUAGAACGAUUCACGUGGAGACAUGACUCCGUUCUAAACUUUCUCGCAACAAGCCUGCAGACCGUAAGCGGCUCACAUCUUUACGUGGAUCUCCCAGGGUACAACAGUCCAUCAAUCAUCACUGGUGACACCUACCGUCCAGAUUUGCUUCUUUCAACCUCAACCGGAACACUCUACAUUGUUGAACUUACAGUUGGCUUCGAAUCAAAUCCUCAAUAA